UUCAAAUUAGAAAGGAGAACCAAAUCAUUCAUUUGAGAUAUUGAUAUAUAAUGGUUAAGAUAACAAUAGUUGGAAGGGCAAGCGAUGGAUUACCUCUAGCACAAGGACUAAGAUAUGUGAAUGAAGAAAAUUCCUAUCUUUCAUUUUACAAGCAACAAGCUGAGUUUAUACUCCAAGAAAUUUCAAAAGGAGCAUUGUCACAUUCCAUGAUGACCAUUCUCAUUGACCAUUACUGCUUCAAUUUCUUGGUAGAAAAUGGAGUUGUUUACAUUGUUGUGUGUGAGUUCGCAUACCCAAGAAAACUAGCAUUUCAUUACUUACAAGACAUACAAAAAGAGUUUGACAAGUUUGAUAAAACCCUAAUAGGAAAAAUCACAAAACCAUACAGCUUUGUCAAAUUAGAUGGUAUAAUUGCAAGGUUUAGUAGACAAUACAUUGAUACAAGAACUCAGGCUAACUUAUCAAAACUUAAUCUCAAAAGGAAACAAGAUUUAGAAAUUGUUACAGAAGAAGUGUCUAACAUUUUAGAAAGGAGGAGAAAUUCAGAAACAAUAAGAAGGUUACGAGUUAGACCUGAACCUGCAUCCUCAAUAUGGUGUUCUCCAAGACUUGAGGUGAUUGCUAUGAAAUGGACACCAAUUAUGAUCUUGGUGAUUACUUCUAUCGCUCUAAUAUGGGCUAGUUUAGUCCUCACAAACGACUUUGUUAUUUGAGGAAUAUCAGAGAAAGAGAAAGACAAAAGUUGUUGGAUCCUAUUAAUUAAAUUAGGAAUAACAGAGAAAGAGAGAGACAAAAAAAAAUGUUGGAUCCUAGUAUCAAAGUAAAUUGUUUCAAAAUUUUCAGAUUUGUUAUGGAGCUUUUAUUGUCUAGCUUGAAAGUGAUAGGUUUCAUUGAAAUGAAAUAAGCAUAACUUUAAAAUU